AAACGUCAUUUGAACCCCACGCAUCUCUGAAGAACGAGGACUCCCCAGAGAACUCGAGAACUCGGAGGGGGGAGCGAGAGAGGGUGACGGGAGAUUGAAGUCGAAGCAAUCAAAUUAGGGUUUUUUGAGUUGGAUGAGCUUUCUGUAGAUAUACAAUCAAUUUGGUUGGUAUACUGGAGAACUCGCUUUGAGAGCCAUGAGUAAGCAACAAUUGAUCUAUAGCUUUGUGGCAAAGGGAAAUGUUGUUCUUGCGGAACACACCUCCUUUUCUGGAAAUUUCAGUACAGUUGCAGUUCAAUGUUUGCAAAAGCUUCCUCCAAACAGUAACAAGUUCACGUAUUCUUGUGAUGGACAUACGUUCAACUUCCUCGUUGAUAGAGGAUUUGUUUUCCUUAUAGUUGCUGAUGAAGCAGUUGGAAGGAGUGUACCGUUUGUGUUUCUAGAGAGAGUGAGAGAUGACUUUAUGAAACGCUAUGGGUCGAGUGUUAAUGUUGAGGAUCCUCACCCGCUAGCUGAUGAGGACGACGAUGAUCUGUUUGAAGAUAGGUUUAGUAUUGCCUAUCAGCUUGAUCGCGAAUUUGGUCCAGUAUUGAAGGAGCAUAUGCAGUACUGCAUGAGUCAUCCUGAAGAAAUGGGAAAACUGUCCAAACUGAGAGCUCAAAUUACAGAGGUUAAAGGAAUAAUGAUGGACAAUAUUGAGAAGGUUCUUGAUCGUGGUGAAAAGAUUGAACUUCUAGUUGACAAGACUGAGAACUUGCAGUUUCAGGCUGACAGCUUUCAUAGGCAAGGCAGGCAACUUCGACGGAAGAUGUGGCUUGACAAUGUCAGAUUCAAGCUUAUCAUGGGAGGCGGUCUCGCUUCCCUCAUCCUCAUCAUAUGGCUGAUGGCCUGUGGAGGGUUCAAGUGUUCAUGAGCUAAAACAAUGAGUCCCUAGACUAAUCACCUUCAUAUUUCGUUAUUCUGUAAAAUUCGUGCUGUUUAUAUGGUUAUUUCCACCCUUUUAUGCAUAGCAACCUACACUUGGUUUGCCUUCAAAUGACAAUGGUAGCGACAGUUUCUCUUGCAGCAACAUCUUCUGUUUGUUGUUUGAUGAAAGAUAUAUAGGUUGUUAUUCCAAAGGGUUAAUUGUGGGUAGAACCCCUGUAGUACUGCUGUUUUAUUGACCUCCUCUAGUCUGUUGUUGCAGAUAGACCCGUGAGUGAAAUUUUUUUUUAUAUUUUAAAUAGCCUCGGGAAGUCUAUUUGUCCAAAAAAAAAAUCUCUUCCUUUGAAUGUAAAACAAAAAUUCAUUCAGGGAGUCUCAACAGCGAGACUGCAGCAACAACAAUACAGGGGUUUAGCUGCAAAUAAGCUUAUUCUGAAUGUGCUACUUCUGCUGGAGCCUCUCUUUUGUGUAAAUUCCUCCGGAGAUUUGUUAACUGAGUAAUGCUUGACGCCUUGUGAUCCGGUUUCCUUUCAUCUGUUUGUUCAAGGAACUGAGCAGGAUUUUUAUGUGAAGUGAAAUGAAUCUGUCGUAAUUUGAGGUGGCGUUUGUGCCCGCUUUGUAA